AUGGAUGGCUCAGAAUCCCUCUUUGGCUCUCCUCCGCCAAGUCCAACCAGAGGUAGGUCACCAUCGCCUGCCUUGGCUCUUCCUGGCGCGACUGCAAAUAUCGAUUGGAAUUCUUCUACACAAAACGUGGGGACCAUUGCACUUACUGGUUCCCAAAAUGUUUCUGAACUUCCUGUCAAUCCAUUAGCCUUGUCGUUGAGCGAUGCUCCUCGACCUCCGGCCCAGCCGUUAGAGGCUCGAGGAAAUGCCUCGGUUGCUCCAAUUUCGUCAAGACCGCCACCAGUCAAAAUUACCCCUCGACGACCCAAGCAUUCAGAGCCAAUCGAAGGCCCAUCAUCACCACCAGUCAGAGUUAUUUCUCGACGACCCACGCCUCCUCCGAUAUAUCUACCGGGCCCCUCCGAACCUCUUCCACCCAAUCUACUUCGGAGCCAGAUUAACCUACUUGGCACUGCUGGCGUGGUUGCCGGAUUACGUCCAUCUCAACUUGUGGUCAAACCUGUUGACCCCCCUGGCACAACUUCCACUAAUCCGAUUGUCAUCCAAGACCCGCCUCCUACUCCCCAGACACCGCGUCGGCAAUUGCGUCCACGUGUGCAACCAUCCGAUGCUGAUGUCAUCCACCUUUCUCCUCCAAGCACUCGGGAUAUAAUCAAAGCCCUCGUCGAGCAGGACGAGGUGUACGAUGUUCUAAACGACAUUAUGAAAUUUGUUGCAACUCGUCCAACCUUCACUUCGGCCACCCCUCGACAGCGGUCUACAACUCCAACAGAUGAGCGUGGGAAGAAACGGCGCAAACUGCGGCAUGUUCCCGCUGGCGCGCAUCUUUGGGAUGUGCCGUUUCCUUUCAACGAAGGCGAGGGUCCGGAAAGUUAUCAAGCUGAUUGGGCGAAGCAGCGGGGAAAGAAAUUGAUUUCCGACCUUCUCAGUCUCAUCAAAAGUGCGACGAAGCGAGCAGCGCUGAAAAAUCGCGUCGUAAAGCGACAGCUUCCAACUCUGGCAGAGCUUGCGGCGAUCAAUAAACACUACAACAUCGAUCGUGUCCCAUCACCUAUAAACUCGGAGGUCUUGGCUGAUGCUAGCAAUUCCACACGACCACCGAUUCCUCAUCCUCCUCCAGUGGACCCGCUGGAUAAACUUCUGUCCUCGCUACUAUCAGCACCCUUGAGCGAACCAUUGAUGUUGGACAGCGGAGCGAGUACACCAAAUCCAAAUGACCCUCUGCUUGAUUUUGAUCCUGGUCUCUUCAAUAGUUGGAUGGACAUAUUCCAGACCUUCCCUGCGCCCGCCGAGGGUUUUUUCCCCAAUCAGGACGUAGCAAUGCAGCCUGCUGCUGGCCAAUCCGUAAUCAGUACACCUUCUCUGGACCUGGAUUUCGCCCCGCUUCCCGUAAAUAAUACGUUGGUUGACGAUUCUCUCAUCGACCCUGUGUUGCUCGCUUUGUCAACGUCGAAUGUCGCGUCUUUGGACUCUGCCUCGCUUGACUGUCCAUCUCUGGUGGGCUCUCCAAUACCCUCGUCGAGUUCGUUUAUGUCCGAGGUCUUUACUCCUGCUUUGUCGGAAGGUGGGUUUGGUGAAUUUGGCAUCGUCCCAGGCGAAACUUCAAGUAUACCGGCACCUCAUGUGGAUAAGGGUAAACAGAGGGAGGUAGUCGACCACUUAUCGGCGUGGACGGAGACGGAGAAGGACGCCCUCUCUUUUCUUGAAGCAACCUCAAUGGCAAGUAUGAGCGGUCAGGCCUUGGCUCUCAUGAAUCAACCAGGCGGUCAAGGUGAAGGGUAUGGUUCAGAGGGUAUGCUGGGUCAGAAAGAUGUGGAGUUCUCGAUGUUGCCCACCCAGCCAAUUCUGGGAAAUGCUGUCAAGGCCAACGUCCUCGCUCGUGCCAAGGCGCGGCGGCAACAGCUGGUGGAAGAGAUCACGAGAACCAGGAUUGCACUGUGGGAAACAACAAUUGAAGGGGGUGUUUUGGCGACUCUUGUGAACAAACUCAGUACGUAG